AUGAGCGAUUCUAAAGACGGCGUCUCGUUAUUUGACCACACAACUGGAGCCUCUCUCGCCCCUCCCGACACAGCUGACAGUGCGACUCGCUCACAGUGGCUUACCCGUGACGCUGCUGCUCGCCUAGCCAUUCGCAACCACCUGCCGUUAGCCGAACGCGCUCACUUUGGCCAGCACAAGACUGCUAAAGCCCUGUACGACGCUGUAGUCGCUCGUUACUCCUCCCCUGCCACUGCUGCUCUCGGCCGCCUUAUACUGCCCUACCUUUUUCCCAAGUUGUCGGCCUUUGCCACAGUCGAUGACCUCAUCACCCACCUUUGCACUAGCGACACUCGCUACCGCGCCGCGCUUAAAGCCGAGUUCCUAGACAAGAACCCGCCCCCGAUGUACAUCACUCUCUACUUCAUAAUCACACGCCUCCUUGACUCUCUUCGCGCAGUGAGGGGCCACUUUCUCGCCCUUGACCCCACAGACCUCACUGUCGACCUGCUCGAGAAGCACCUCCUUGCAGCUGAGACUAGCAUAGUCGCUGUAGGUGCUGCUCGUGGCACUCCUCGCACUCCCUUCUUUGAGGGGUGUUCCCCCUCCCCCCUUGCCCCCUCCUACGCUUCUGCUGCUGCUGUUGACUUCCUUCGUGCUGAGGAGGUCGGGGCUGCGUCUGCUCCUAGUGGGAGGCACCGCGGCAGCAAGGGCAAGGGAGGCAAGAGUGGUGGGGGUGGCGGCGGUGGAGGCGGUGGUGGAGGCGGUGGAGGCGGUGGAGGUGGCGGUGGUGGCGGUGGGAGUGGUGGCAGGAGUGGAGGCCUCGGUGGCGGCGGUAGUGGUAGCGGUGGGAGUGGUGGCGGCGGUGGUGGCAAUAGUGAGAGUGGUGGCGGCGGCAAUAGUGGCGGUCCAGAGUGGAGGUUCUGGCGGUGGCCAGAGGCAGCAGCAGCAGCGUUCACGCGAGACCCUUACGCCCCAACAUCUUCGUGA